UCCUUCAGCCUCCCGCACCACCCACCCUUGACAUCCUCCACACUCCUGUACUGGAUACAGAUACCAUCAGACCGCAUUCGCCUCACGCUCACGCCAGCACGUCUCUCAAGCAUCUCGUACUCGUCGUCAUCGGCCCGCAUCACCCACUCACGGCGACAGCUCGCCGACGUACGGGAUGAUGUACGUCUUCAAGCGAGAUGGCCGGAAGGAGCGGGUGCAGUUCGACAAGAUCACAGCCAGAGUGUCGAGGCUCUGUUACGGCCUUGACCCUGAGCAUGUCGAUCCGGCCGCCAUCACUAUGAAGGUCAUCUCUGGCGUCUACCAAGGCGUCACCACAGUGCAGCUGGACGAUUUGGCAGCCGAGACGGCCGCAUACAUGACGACCACCCAUCCAGACUACGCCAUUCUCGCGGCUCGCAUCGCGGUGUCCAACCUUCAUAAGCAGACAAAGAAGCUCUGGUCGUCUGUCAUCUCAGACCUGUACCACUACGUGAAUCCGAAGUCGAAGAAGCCAGCACCGAUGAUCUCCGAGGAGACGUAUAACACGGUCAUGAAGCACGCCGAUGAGCUCAACAGCGCCAUCGUUUAUGAUCGCGACUUCAACUACCAAUAUUUUGGCUUCAAGACAUUAGAGCGCUCAUACCUUCUGCGUAUCGACGGCAAGGUGGCAGAGCGUCCGCAGCACAUGAUCAUGCGCGUCGCUGUCGGCAUCCACGGCGAGGAUAUCGAGGCUGCGAUCGAGACUUACAACCUCAUGUCGAACAAGUACUUCACUCAUGCGUCACCGACUUUAUUUAUGGCUGGCACACCACAAGCUCAGCUUGCUUCUUGCUUCCUGAUCGACAUGAAGGAGGACAGCAUUGAGGGCAUUUACGACACGCUCAAGACAUGUGCCAUGAUCUCUAAAAGCGCCGGCGGAAUCGGCCUGAACGUGCACCGCAUCCGCGCAACAGGCUCCUACAUCGGCGGCACCAAUGGCACGUCAAACGGCCUGGUGCCCAUGCUCCGCGUCUACAACAACACGGCACGUUACGUCGACCAAGGUGGCAACAAGCGCCCAGGCGCCUUCGCCAUUUAUUUAGAGCCAUGGCACGCUGAUGUCUUCUCGUUCCUGGACCUCCGCAAGAACCAUGGCAAGGAAGAAGUGCGUGCUCGCGACCUUUUCUACGCCCUCUGGAUACCCGAUCUGUUCAUGAAGCGAGUCGAGUCCAAUGGCAACUGGACGCUCAUGUGCCCUAACGAGUGCCCUGGCCUCGCCGACGUCUACGGUGAUGAGUUCGAAGCUCUCUAUGAGCAAUACGAGCGUGAGGGUCGUGGCCGGGAGACUAUCAGGGCACAGAAGCUCUGGUAUGCCAUUCUUGAAGCGCAGACGGAGACUGGCAACCCUUUCAUGUGCUACAAGGACGCUGCCAAUCGCAAGAGCAACCAGAAGAACCUUGGCACAAUUCGCAGCUCGAACUUGUGCACCGAAAUCAUGGAGUACUGUGCUCCCGACGAAGUUGCUGUCUGCAAUCUCGCCUCGCUUGCGCUACCGACCUACGUCGACAUCCAGAAUGAGGUGUACGACUUCCAGAAGCUGCACGAAGUGGUCAAGGUCGUUACCAAGAACCUCAACAAGAUUAUCAACCUCAACUACUACCCUGUACCGGAAGCCCGCAAAAGCAACUUCCGUCACCGGCCCAUUGGUCUUGGUGUCAGCGGUCUUGCUGAUGCUUUCUUGGCCCUCCGCAUGCCGUUCGAUUCGGAUGAGGCGAAGCUUCUCAACAUCCAGAUCUUCGAGACGAUCUAUCACGCUGCGCUCGAAUCAUCCUGCGAAAUUGCUGCGGAGCUUGGACCGUACGAGACCUACGAAGGUUCGCCCGUCUCGAAGGGAGAGCUGCAGUACGAUAUGUGGAACAAGGAGCCAACCGACCUGUGGGACUGGACAUCGCUCAAGGCGAAGAUCGCACAGCACGGUGUGCGCAACUCAUUGUUGGUUGCACCUAUGCCCACCGCUUCAACCUCGCAGAUCAUGGGCUUCAACGAAUGCUUCGAGCCGUAUACCAGCAACAUCUACUCUCGUCGCGUGCUGGCGGGCGAGUUCCAGGUCGUUAACCCGUGGCUGCUCAAGGAUCUUGUCGACCGCGGGCUGUGGUCCGAUAACAUGAAGAACCGCAUCAUCGCCGAUGGCGGGUCGAUCCAGAACAUUCCCAACAUCCCAGACGAGCUUAAGGCACUGUACAAGACUGUCUGGGAGAUCAGCCAGCGCCACAUCGUCCAGAUGGCCGCCGACCGUGGUGCGUUUAUUGAUCAGUCGCAGUCGCUCAACAUCCACAUGAAGGAGCCGACCAUGGGAAAGAUCACCAGCAUGCACUUCACCGGCUGGAAGUUGGGUCUCAAGACCGGCAUGUACUACCUUCGCACAAUGGCGGCAUCAGCACCCAUUCAGUUCACAGUCGACCAGGAGAAGCUCAAGGUCGUUGACACAAACGUGGCCAGAACCGGCGGCGCCAAGAAGCGCAAUAUCUCCGGCGCCUACAACGCUGUCUCUUCGCCCGCUCUUACCCCAGUGCCACGCCCAAUGUACGAGAGCAAGAUGCUUAGCAAUGGCGUUCCCAAGGGUGUCGUCACGCCAGCCACCACGCCCCCACCGGAGCCGCAGCCACGCAAGAAGCUCGAGCGUUCAUCCUCCGCAGUUGUUAACCCACCCUUCCCCGCUGACCAGGAUGAAGGCGAGUCGCCGCAAGUCCUGGCAUUGGAUGGCAUCGACGGCACUACUCCUAACGGUGAAGAGCUUCCCGAGCCUGCUAUCCAGUUGGAUGAGGACGUGGAGAAGAAGGCCAAGCAGGCGGAGGAUGACAGGGCAUCAAGCCAGGAAAGGGAGGGUGACAUUUAUGCGGAAGCAGUGUUGGCGUGCAGCAUUGAAAAUCCCGAGGCUUGUGUGAUGUGCAGUGGUUGAGUUUUAUUCGGCGAUACCAAGUUUCAUGACGGUUCGCUGUUGGCGUCGGGGGCGGGAUACUGCAUGUGGCGUUUGGAUGUGUAAUGCGUAGUAUAGAUGACCCUCAAAGCACUCUACAAAUCCGGCGC